AUGUCCACUCCCCAAGGAGUCCAGAUCUACAACUCAGCCCCAGUAAACUCCAACGACCAAGAAGGCACACACACAACAACCUCCAACCCCGAACCCGCCACCGCCAUCCCAUCAACAAGUCCUUCCACCCAACCAGCGCCUGCGCCAGCGACCACAACAGCAGCAACAGCACCAACACCAACGGAAACCUACCCUCCCGCCCCCCAACCAGGCGCAAGACCAACACAACCUCCACUCCCAAGCCAAACAACACCACCACAACCACCACAACCAAUCCCCGGCACAACACCUCAACCUCAACUCCAAACCCAGACUCAAGAACCAUCAGCAACAGCAACAGCUACAGCAACAUCUACAAAAUCAUAUAUCCCCCCACCCCCAAAAGCCACCGAUCCACAAACAUUUUCCCAGCCGCCACCUACGGUUACCCAGUACGCGAUGCCGGGGCAAACAGUGCCGAACUCGACUUCUGCUUCGUACGCGUCUGUUUAUCAGCCUUAUGCGCAGAGUCAGACGUUACCUUAUGCGACUGGUUCUGCGUCUGGGAGUGGGUAUGCCAGUGGAGCUGGAUCUGGAUCUGGGGGCGGUGCGGAUAGUAUCUUUGAGGAGGAAGGGUUCGUUAGCGCUGCGAAGGGGUGGUUCAAAUGGGGUGGGGAUAAGUUGGCGGAGGUUGAGAAGGAGGUUUGGAAGAAGAUUAAUGAUGUUCAUGAUUCAUGA